AAAGAAUAUAAAUAUUCAUAAGGCGAGACGUCACACAAGCACAUGUCUGCAAAGGCCAGCGAGAAUCAAGUAAGCUAAAUUUGGAUCCUACCGCGUCACAGAAUAUUCGCGUGCCAAGAUUCAUCUUUGACUUGAGCUGAACUGAUCUAUAAGGAAUCGUUAUCGGGCGUACAAGGCACUCGCCAUGAAGGUGAAGAGGUACAAACACGCCCGCAAGUACCUGGGCUUCUACAAGCACAACUUCAACUUCCGAGAGCCUCACCAGGUCCUCAUAGAUGGAACCUUCACGCACAUGGCUCUCAAAAACAAGAUUAACAUCAAGGAACAGCUGCCUAAAUAUUUAGGAGGUGAAGUGCAGUUAAUAACAACAAACUGCAUCCUGAAGGAGGCUGAAUCCUUAGGCAAGGCGGUGUACGGAGCUUACAUCAUCCUCAAGAGGUACCAGGUGAGAAGAUGCGGCCACAAGGACAGUCCAGUCUCCGCCCAUAAGUGUGUGAUGAGCAUGUUGGCAGACUCGAACAAGAACCACUACUUUGUUGCUACACAGGAUCCCGACCUGAGUGCAUCAGUCAACGGAACCCCAGGAGCUCCACUUCUGUACCUCCAUUUCAGCGCAAUAGUCCUAGAGAAACCCUCGGUGACCUCUACUGCAGCUGCCUCCUCAAUGACGUCAAAGAAAAUCAAUCCUUCAGAGUUCGAGAAGAGCGCUUUGAAAAACUCGAGGGAGGGUGGGAAGGAUGAUGAAAAGAAGAAGAGAAAGAAGCGGAGAGGACCCAAGCAGCCGAACCCACUCUCGGUGAAGAAGAAGAAGAAGAAGAAGAGUACUGAGCAGUCAUCAGCUGUGACAAAAGAGACAGAAGGAAAGAAAAAGAGGAGAAAGAGGAAGAGGGUGAAGAUAUCAUCGCAUGUGAAUGGGCAAAGUGAAGCCCAGCAAGACUCUGUGUCAUGACAUGCUCACUCUCAGUGAAAAAGAGAGAGUACA